CUGUAUUAGAGUAACACGUGACUUCACUGUCAAAUUACUAUAACGGCGUCCGCAAUUAUAAGCCCUACUUUUUUGGCAAUUUUGCAUCACCUUGAUAUAAAACGCAACAUGGGUGUGAUGUUGAUGUCUAAUUAAGUGAGGAUGUAAAUGUUCAGAUAUGUAAUGAAUGCUGAGAUGUGUUACUCGUUAACAAACAAUUAACAGCGAUGUCGCCUGCACCAGUUGGGGACACAGGAAGCUCAGCAAUACACAUGCGUAAUUGACUAUUUACCUGUGACAUAAAAUCCAACAUGGCUGUGCGGUUUGACAGGUGAGAGGACAAGAUACAAAGAUGGGGAACACGACAGUCGUGGCCUCUAAUGUGAAGGCACAGGGGGACAGUGACGUUAAGAAGCUCUACCAGCUAGUCGAUCUGAAGGGUGGCGGCGAGUUGGUCGAGCUUAUGAAAAGGGCCAGAUGGAGAAAAAAUUAUAAGGAAAUUGAUGAAAAAAUACAAACAGACGUUAAAAAAUUUCUCUAUAAUUAUGGAGACGGAAAGAAAGUUCCGAUCGUGGAUCUGAUCAUGACAAGGAGCAAAGAAAGGAGCAGUACCAGGCCGAAGAUCAACAAACAGAAACAAGAGAAAGACAAGGAGCUGGCUUUGAUUGAUAUGCGUUUAGCUGACGGCCAGGACAAUUACCUACAGAACAAACCAGACGGUACCUCACUGCCAGAUCGUAAAUUCCGUGAAACUUGCUGGGACCUGAAUGAGAGAGGGACAGUAGGGGAAACAAUCCUACAUCUCUGUCUACUCAAUGCUUCUGCCAUCCAUGCUGACUUGGCUAAGAGACUCCUCCAGGCAUUCCCCAAACUUAUCCUCGAUAUCUACACCAGUGAGGAGUACUAUGGUGAGAAUGUCUUACACAUGGCAGUAGUCAAUGAAGAUCCGGCUAUGGUGAAGUUUUUAUUGGAUAAGGGAGCUGAUGUCCACGCACGGUGUUGUGGACGGUUCAUGUGUCCAGAUGAUCAGAAAGAUUCUCGCUCGGACAGUCUUGACCAUGAAUGGGUUGAUGUGUGCGAGACCACAAACUAUGAUGGGCAUGUGUACUUUGGAGAAUAUCCCCUCAGCUUUGCUGCCUGUCUCGGACAAGAAGAGUGUGUUCGACUCCUGGUAGCCAAGGGAGCUAACCCCAAUUUACAGGACAACAAUGGAAACACUGUCAUGCAUAUGUUGGUCAUCCAUGAUAAAAAGGGGAAAGAAUUAGAUGGAGAGUAUGCCUCCAAAAAGGAAAUGUUUGAUUUGUUGAGAGAUCUCGGAGCUGAACUGGAUAUAAAGAACCGACAGGGGUUAACUCCCCUGACAUUGGCUGCAAAAUUGGCACGAAAAGAUAUGUAUGAACACAUUUUGGAAAAGAUGCGAGAGGUGUGCUGGAUUUAUGGAAAUGUGACAUGUGCUGGUUAUCCCCUACGUGAUAUAGACACCAUUUCAAGCACUGGAGAAAUCAAUGAGAAAUCUGCCCUCAAUCUGGUGGUGUACGGCGAGGUGGAAGGUCAUCUAGACAUGAUGGAUGGUGUUGUAGUGAAUUUGCUGAAGGAGAAAUGGAAGACAUUUGUUAGGUUUAGGUUCUACAGGAGGUUUGCUAUUUUUGCUGUCUACUUCAUUCUGUUCCUUGUGGUCUUUCUCCUUCGACCUGGUGAUGACAUGUGUCCAUCAAGAACCGUUAACGUGACAGGAUCGGAGAACAUCACUACAGUCGAAAAGGACCCGUGUUAUCUGCUGAAAGUCUGUUCCACAGAGGACAUAGUGCGGUUUACCUUAGAGGCUGUCGUCCUGAUAGGGUCCAUCUGGUAUUUACUGAUUGCUAUGAAGGAGAUAUACCACCAGGGCUUCCGGCUGUUCUUCACGACACUGAAAGGAGCCCCUACCAAGGCUAUGUUCCUGAUGUCUUGCGUGUUUGUCAUCAUGAUGUUGCCUGGGCGUGCAGCGUGUGCCUACAUCUACGAGGAUGUCGUGGGUGUGAUGGCCAUCCUCUUCACUGCCCCCUACUUUCUCUUCUUCUGCAGAGGUUUCCCAAUAUUUGGUCCAUUCGUUGUGAUGAUUUACAAGAUGAUCAAGGGAGAUUUGUUCCGGUUCUUCAUCAUCUAUGCUGUCUUCAUCAUUGGAUUCUCACAAUCAUUCUACAUCGCCUUUAAUGAUAACAAAUGUGAUCCUAGUCAAAAUGCAUGUGUGUUCAAUCACCCUAUUGAGUCGAUGCUAGGCCUGUUUACCAUCACUGUCGGAGACUUUGACGAUGUGUACGACACGUUCAGUUCCUCCAAAUACCCAGACCUACUUAAAAUUGUGUUCUUUGUGUACAUGAUCAUGGUGACACUUCUGCUUGUGAACAUGUUGAUUGCCAUGAUGGGUAACACCUACCAGCUCGUCAACGAAACUCAGAAGGAGUGGUUCAGACAGUGGGCCAAGAUUCUGCUGGUGAUAGAGCAAAGUGUGACAACAGAACAGAGGAGGAUAAUGCAGACCAAGUACUCCCAGCCGACCAAGAACGACCGAGCACUUGUCAUACGCUGGCAUCAAUCCGAGAAAGAGAGAGAAGAGUUACAAAAACUGAGGGAAGCACAGAAGAUGAAACAGAGGAAAAAGAUUCUGGAGGAGAGAAACCGACGUAUUCUGAAAAAGACGCCCUCAAACAAAACGAUUGUAGCAUCUGAUGCCAAGGAGGGUAAAGUCAACAUUUAACACAACCCAGAGGACAUGACAUUUGUUAACUACCCAGAGGAGGACUUGACAUUUGUUAACUACCCAGAGGAGGACUUGACAUUUGUUAACUACCCAGAGGAGGACAUGACAUUCGUUAACUACCCAGAGGAGGACAUGACAUUCGUUAACUACCCACAGAAGGACAUUCUAUUUGUUAACUACCCAGAUGAGGACAUGACAUUCGUUAACUAGCUAGAUUAGUGAAUACAUUAGCAAGGGAUUAUGUUGUUUGAACAAGCUAGGGGUCUACUUUAAUGUACAUGUCAUACAUUAAGUAGUCAGAUACUUUUUGAAUGUUUCUAACAAGGACAUUUUAAUAUCAUAGUCUGAAACUUCUGAACUUACAUUAAAUUAAUGACCAUUCAUUUUUACGGUGACUUCCCACCAUGUUGUGUCAAAAACAUUACACUUAAAAAAUUAUCACAAUUUUUUUGCAGUAUUAUACAUAUCUUAAGAAAAAUAAUUAAGAUCCAUGUAUUAAUAUUGCUAUCAAUUCAGAUUUGUUACCGGGCUUCACAGCCUACAGGUACGAUUAUGUAUCAAUGAUCGAUUAUGGAUGAAUGCCCUCUUAAAGAUAUUUAUUCUCCGUUUAUUAACACACAACUAACAUACCCAAUAUAUCGUAAAUAAGCCUCUCCUCUAGUGAAAAAUAUUGACAAAAAACUGGGAAGGAGAAGUAAAGUGAUCAAAUGGUAUUAAUUUCCAACAAGCAAAGCAUUUAUUAUAUGAAUCUCGUUGACAGGUAAAAUUAGUGGUCCUUUAUACUGUAU